AUGCAUAGUAGUAAAAGUUACCUCUUCAAUAUUUUUAUCACUAUUGCUAUUAUUUUUGUGGUUUCAAAUUGUCAAUAUGAAGAAACAGACACAACAAGUAAUGAAUCUGAAGAAAAAUGGUUUGUUGGUAAUGUAGAAGUUACUUGUAAUAAUAAGCUUCAAGAAAAUGUAAAUAUUUCAAUUUUAAAACUAGUGGAUAGUGAGAAUGAUAAUAUAUAUUUUUAUGAGGUUAUAAAUAGUAGUUUAACUGAUAGUAAUGGACGUGGAGGGGUUACAGGACAUUGGACAAUACCUUAUGAUCUGUUAAGUUGCAGAAUGUGUCUCUUUCAUAAUUGCCCACCUCCUAAUAGCAAAGAUGAGGAAAAAGAAGGAGAAUAUAAAUACAGUUAUUGUUUUUCUUUUGAUCAAUCAUAUAUAAAGUACACUUUAGAAGAGGCUCAAGAAAAUGAUUUUGAUCAAAAGAUUAAAUUAAAACAUCAAUCUUAUAAUGAUUUUGUUGAAGAAACAAAAAAUAGUAACGACUGUCCUUCUGAAGGAAGAAAAAAAUAA